GAAUACAGGAAUUGACAGCGCGAUGGCUUGCCAGAAUUAUUGAUUGAAAAUGAACAGCGACACCUCAAGGAAGAAGAGUCGCAGAGAGGUACUUUAUACCAGAGUUCAAACCGACAUAAGUCGCUCUGAGAAUUCAAAUGAUCAAUCUCAUACACUUGCACAAGAUUUGAUGCAUCAACCAAGAGACCUUCUUCUUGAUUACAAUUCAAUAUUUUGGAAGUUUUUGGAAUGUUGGCUGUAGAGACAAAUGUCUUUUUUACCCUCAGAUAAUUGAGGGAGUGGUGGCAGAAUCAAUGCGGCGAGACAAAUCCUAACCUAGCGCACCAAUAUUCCGAAUUUUAUGCGAAAGGGACGUUAAAAUAGAUGCAUUUAGUUCAAUAUCGGACGACGCCAAUAGUUCCUUCGCUGUGCCUCUCAAUUGCUUACGGGCUCCCCUGAUUCAACGUUCUCUGCUUACAGGCACAUAGAGAUACUUCCUAUGUCAUAGAAGUGGGAAACCAGUUCAAUCUGCCUUGCAACUUCUCUUGGUCACCCCUUAGCCAUUGCUAGGCAAGCCUUGCAAGAAAGACAAUAUAACAGCGAGGACAACCAGCAAUUGUCACUCCUGCAGCAGGCCAUCUAUGGGAAGCCAAAUAUAUUCUAGCGGACUAGCCCUGCAAACUGUAUAUCUAGUAUCAUUCGAGUGUAUUGAGCUCAAAUGCAGAAGAUUCUCUCCACCCACAGUAUCGUGGCUAGAUGCCAGCUGAAAACGGAGGGUCUGUUAAGCCGCAUGGAAGUUGUCAGCAUCAUGUCUCGGAUUAAGAUGUCAAAGUCCUUCCUCAAUCCUCUAUCAGCCAUACUUAUUAUUAGAUAGUUGCUAUACAAGAUCCCCAAGAUUCUCCUACACCCUACAACUGAGAUUCAAAAGUAAUAAGCCUUGAAGACUUAAUCUUUCGUGGUUUCAACGUGAUCCGGAUUUCUGGCCAACAAAUAUCUUGAGAGCAGUCAGUCCACUCCGAAUCCGAAGAUAUGGGUACUUUUCUGGUCUUUUGCACGGCUCAAAUACCAAACGAGACACUUGCAGCAUUCGUAACGCAAUCCACACGGGCCAGAAGCGCACCCGAAAACCCAUGGAUCCUCCAAAAGACUCCGUCCGAGGAUGUUCACGGACCUGAACUUACUCUUCCUCUACCAAUUCCAUCAUUCACCACUGGCUUUCAGGGCGCAUCCCCUGAGACCUUACAAAAGUUCAUGAUGGAAAAUGUCGUUGACCAUCACGACUUUCCCAACUUCAAGGGCGGAAUCGAAUGGUAUCAAUUUGUAGUUCUGGAUUCCCAGAGUGCAGAGGACAAAAGUACUUGCUUGGUAUAUCAUUGCUUGAGACACAUGCCAGAAGGUUCGGCGGAAGAUGAAUGGGAUGAAAAGAAGGUCGUUAGUGAAUGGAAGGUCUGGCGCGUCAAGUUUCUUGUAGCAUGGUGGUUGGCUAGUGGACUGUGGACGAAUGACCAAGUUUUGUUCGAGGUUUUCGAAGAUGAGAAAGAUACGUAUGUCGACAAAGAUGGCGUGUUGCAAAUGCCAUAUUUGGAGAAUGAUGAGUAUGAGUAUCCGGAUUUGGAGAAUCGUGUUCCAUGGGGACCAGCUCCUUAGACAGACAGUAUCUCGGUUGUACCUAUCCGGCUUUAGUGAGGAUACCUUUGGAUGAAAAUACAAGUAUGAAUCACAAGACUGGCUAAUGGUCACUUUCGUCUGUUGACUAUCAUGUAUAAUAUCAGUCUAGCAAUGUUUCGCUCUAUAGUAGUAUUGUCCUCUUCCCAGUUCACGAACUAGUGAGAUAACAGUCAUCAAAUAAAGCCAUCUUUGGUCCUUUCCCUACAAAUUCAAAUGCCUCACCA